AUGGGCAUAGAAAAGAUUCCCAAAGACAUGACGGCCGUCCAGGUCGUCGAAUUCAAACAACCAUACAAGAUCCACAAGGUCCCAACACCACAGAAACUUGGCGACUAUGACAUUCUGGUCAAGACGGCCGUGGCUUCGCUAUGUCACACAGACGCCAUGGUCCGGAAUGGUGUAUUCCCGACAAAGCUGCCCUGCACCGGAUCCCAUGAAGGCACCGGCAUCGUCGUGGCAAAGGGCAGCAAGGUCGACACGUUCAAGGAGGGCGAUCGCGUCAUGUCCGGCAUUCCCAAAUCGGCAUGUGGUGAAUGCAUGAGCUGCAAGAAGGGCGAUGACUACAAGCAGUAUUGCACUAAUGUAGAGGGCAUGAUCGGAGUCAUCAUCGAUGGAGCAUUCGCCGACUACCACGUCGCCGAUAGCAGAACAAGCUGCCAUAUCCCCGACAGCGUCAGUUUCGCCGAUGCAGCACCACUCGCAUGCGCCGGUGUCACCAUCUACCGCGCCAUCAUCACCUCAGGUGCCAAGAAGGCACGUGGAUGGCCAUCGUCGGUGCUGGUGGUGGUCUUGGGGAAAGAAGAGGUCGUCAAGCAAGUGCAAGCCCUCACUGACGGACUCGGCGUCGAGUCCGCCAUCAAUGUGUCGGAGCACGAAACAUCAGCACCGCUAGCAUGUGCGAUCACUCGUAUGCACGGCCUUGUCGUUCAGGUCUCGCAGCCAGAGAUGGUGUCGGUGCCGUUCACCGAGUUUAUCUUCCGCGACAUCACGAUCAAGGGGACUCUGGUGGCGGGACAAAAGAUCUCGCAGGAGAUGCUUGACGUCGCUGGCUCUAGCGGUGUCAAGGUUGAGACUCAGAAGUUCCAAGGUCUUGACAAGGUUCCGGACAUGGUCGAGUUGGCGCACUCAGGCAAGCUGAGUGGCAAGGCUGUCUGUGUCGUAGAUGGUAGUAUGUAA